AUGGCGAAAGGAAAGCUUCCCGGGGGUCCCAAAACACAAAAUCUGGCAGAAACAGUUGAGACAGUUGUCCCAAGGGCGAGACGGCCGUCCCAAACAACCAUUUUCAAGUGGGACGCCCGUCCCAAGUUUGAGACACCCGUCUCAGUGCAAAAAUUCGAUUGGGACGGCCGUCCCAAAUCCCAGACGGCCGUCCCAACUUCUCCAGACGCUCAUCCUUGA